AACCACACUUCACCACACCACAACGAAAUUCGUAACAACUCACUUUCCCAACACAAUUCUGUUUAAAGCUGCUCCAGACAUCUCAAUAUUCCGAAGCUAUCACAAAGCACUUCACUUCUCGCGGAAAUUCAUCAUGACCGCUCCCGAUCUUCCCGAAGCCUUGGCCAAGUGGGCAGCUGCCAAUCCCCGACAGGCGACAGCGGCGGGCGUUGGUGUAGUCUGUAUCGCUGCACCAAUGUUUGUGGCGGCACCUAUCCUCGGACUCAUUGGAUUUGGCUCAGGCGGAAUUGUUGGUGGAUCCAUUGCCGCAGGCAUCCAGAGAGGAAUUGGCAACGUGGUGGCCGGUUCUCUCUUUGCUACUCUGCAGAGCGCUGGGGCCGCCGGAUACGGUGUCGCGGCAGUCUCCGCCGUAGUCCAAGGUGCUGGCGUCCUUACUGCAGCGGCCGUCGCAGCUUCAUCUGUCAUGGAUAUGAAAAAGAAGGGGGAUGGGGAGGACUCUGAGGGUGACGACAAUGCAGACGAUAAAGACAAGGAAGAUGGCGAGGAUGACGAAGGUGGUGCAAAGGCAGAGCUUUGAAGUAUCAACGGCUGAGCUAGAAUUUCUUGAGGUGGAGUUCAGGGUGUACCAUUUUCAUACCGCAGUGUCACCGCAUUGAAAAGGAACAGCAUGGGCAUAGAUCUCUCAAGGGCAUCAUUCCUGGCUGCCAUAAUCAGGAAGCGAGAGACGAUAAUGAAGAAUAGGGUAGAUGGCAGGUUAAUAGCUCACUAAGAGGUGCCGAGCAAGAAAUGAAGAGUAUCUGAUCUGCCUCCAACAGAAGUCUCCUACAGUGGCCCCCAGUCAAACUGAACACGAGCUACAAUUGUGAGAUAUUAAAGACAACAUUGUUGACAUCGUGAGAUUAAUUCUUCAAAAUGAUGUACGUAGACGCUUGAUCCCAGAGCUUAGACUCGACGCGAUUAGUGAGGUGUUAAUAGCUGGCAUCUAAACAAGUGAAACUAAGAUUACUUGCUAGGAACGAAAGACAGAACAGAG